GUUGGGGUGAGUCUGGUUGAUGUCUCUGCCACCAAACCAAGCGGCAUGAUGCGGCAUGAAGGCCGCGGAGAUGGCGCCGCCGCAGGCGCCUCCGAAGGCGACGCCGAUUCGGCGCUGGGAGCAGUGCCUCAGCCAGAGCAAGGGCUUGCAGCGGGACCUGGUGGCCUGCAGCCAGGCGAUGCGGCACUGCCGCCGCUGGCCCCAGGCGGUGUCUCUCCUGGGGCUUCUGCCAGCCUGGAGCUUGCAGAAGGACCCCAUGAGCUACAGCUGCGGCUUGCGCAGACUCGCCUGGCCACGCGGCCUGGUGCUGCUCGAACGCCUCCGUGCGGAUGGCCUGCAGGCCUCUGCCAUCAGCUGCCACCUGGUGCUCCGCGCCUGCCAUUGGUGCGCGUCCCUGGCGCUGCUGAAGGCAAUGGAUCUGUGGCGAUUGGAGGUGUCCGUGGUGUCCUUUAGCAGCGCUUUGGCCACGCUGAAGGAUGCCGAUCUGGGCGGCGAGGUGGCGCUGGGUCUGCUGCGCGCUUUGAGAAGAAGGGAGCUGCAGGCGGACGCCAUCUGCUACACCUGCGCCAUGGCGGCCUGCGCCUGGCGCGCCGCGGAGCUUCUGCUGGCGGAGUCGGCGGACCGCGCCGCGCCGCCCGACGUGGCGGCGUUGGGCGCGGCGCGGCGGAAGGCGCCGUGGCGCCGGGCGGCGGAGGCGGCGAAGAAGGUGCCCUUGCCGGCGCUCCCGGCCUUCCCCUGGCCGCACGCCCUGGGCCUCGCCGCCUCCGCCCGGGCCGCGCGCCUGGGGCCGCCGAAGGCGGCGCCGAAGGCGGCGACGGCGGCGGCGGCGGCGAUGGGGCUGGAGCGCUGGCGCGGGGCGCUGUCGCUCCUGAAGCUGAAAGGGCUUCGACUCGACAGCAUCGCCUGCAGCACCUGCAUCAAUGCCUGCAGCGACUGGGCGCUGGCGAUGUGCUUGCUGGAUGAGAUCUACGUGCACAGCUUGCAGGCGACCGGCGGUGGAGAGGGUGGGCCUUUGACUGCGGCAGUGGGCCUGGUUGCCUGGGUUAGGGCCUUGAGCCUGCUGCAGCAGCAGGGGCUGGAGGCGAGCUUCGCCUCCAACCGCUUUCUCGCAACAGCGCCCUGGACGCUCGCCCUAGCGCAGCGGUCGCUGGCCGCCGCGCCAUCCUUUGGACUGACUUGGGCUUGUGUCGCCAUGGCCCCGAGCCAGCGGUCAGCGAAGCUGCGGCUGAAGCCGCCCAUGCCGAGCCCGAAGCGGACGCCGCCCACGUACUGCUUCCACCUGGACUCGCCGAGCAUGAGCCCGUCGUCCCUGGCCUCGCCGUGUCCGUACUUGGAGACUUCGGCGUGGUCGCCCUCGCUGAUGGCCCCCCAACCAGGGCGCCUGUACCACUCGCCGCUCCCCGCCCGCGCGGGUGCGGGCCCCGCGCGUGAGCAAGCGCACGACGAGGGCGAGCGGCCGCCCUCCGAGGCAUCUGAGGGACUGGGGAGCUGGAAGGCUCACGGUUCCAGGCCGACGAGCCGGCGCCAGAGGAGGUGUCGGAUCUCGAGGCGCCUCCGGAGGAUCCCGAGGAUGGGGAGGAUGGGUUGGCGCCCCCGGAGUCCGACGUCACGGAGCUGUCCGAGGAGUCCGAGUCUGGGGUGGAGCCGCCGCUGGAGAAGCUGGAGGCGAGCAAGGUCCCGCGAGGCAAGCCCACGAAGCCUUCGGCCAAGCCCGGCGCGCCCAAUGGCCGCGCUCUUGCGCCGCCGUCGCCGAAGCCGACGAAGCCGACGAAGCCGACGAAGUCGACGAAGCCGACGAAGUCGACGCGGCCAAUGCCCGCGACGGUCGCAGCCGCGGAUUCCGCUGAGUCCGAGUCUGGGGCGGAGCCGCCGCUGGAGCCGGAGGCCGCGGCGAAGGCGGCUUCCGCGGAGCCCCCGAAGGUCGGGCUCUCUGAGCCUUCCUCCGACGAGGGCCAGCCACUUCCUCCCGUCAGACCCCGCCCGCGCCCGACGGGACGCCCAACCAAAGGCAAGGAGCCGAAGACGGAGAAGGCAAAGGCGGAGCCGGACAGCGACGAGAGCUUGCUGGCUUCGAAGCCUUCGAAGCCUCCGCCUACGACACGCCCGGAGCAGCAGCUGCCAGGGUCCUUUUGGUCCGAUGACGAGUGAGGCUGCCACAGCUUACCUUCGAAAGAGUACCUUGAAAUCUUUGAGCAAAGGAGGGUGUAGUUUUUUUUUUUUGUUUAAGGCCCCAGGCUUGACCAAUGGUUGAUACUGCUGGUGAUUCGAGGUAAGCCGCAAGUCUGCUCAAACUCCGGAUCUUGCGGGCGAUAGGAUUUGGCCCUUGCGACAUCCCUUUAAAAGGGAAUGAAACAAUUUUGAACCCAGAGGUUUACGUUUUACAGCUGGCUGGUUUUGGCUGGAAGCCCUGUGGCAACUGGGCCGAACCACGUGCCCCCGCGGGGGCC